AUGUAAUGAAUGAAGUAUGGGCCAGAUGGACCGCCCAUGGCAUUAUUGGGUUUUAUUAUUAUUAAUGUUGUUCAAUUUUGCUUGGAAAGGUGGAAAAUUAGGAGAAAAUUGGGGUUAGGGAAGUAGAAUAAGAGCAGAAAAGGACUCAUUGGAAGAAGUGGAUUCAUACUUGGUGUGUAUUUUUUAAAACUGAGAUGGAAUUGGAAUUGCCCGUGUUCCUACCAUGAUUGGUCUGGUCUCAAGUCUCAAUAUUCAACUAGUAGGACAGUAGUAUGAUGAAAAUGAUAGAAGAAAAGGGUGUGGUAGCAGACGAUGAAACAUCAAUCUAUAAAAUUAUGAAUGUAAAAAACAUUUUGUAAGUUAUAAUGGGUAAAAGGGGCCUAAUAAAUUAAUAUUUAUAGUUUUACAAAUGAUAUCAUACACACUUAAAGAAAAAGAGAUCAGUUGGAUGAUAUGGAUGCAGUUGUGAAGAGGAAGAAGCCUGGAUUCAAUAACCAUAUUAGUAAAGUGGUUGAUAGAAUCAUCUGAUCCAUCACCAACUAGAUAUGCGCGUAUUAAGUGGAGCAAGUUUGCAACGACUCCUCCCCCCACUGUAUAAUUAUGCUGUACAAGCACCUAACUUCCCAUAAUAUAACUACCCCAUUCACUUGUUUCAUUUUCUAUAUCCUUCAAUCUCCGGUCUCUAUAUAUAACACACUCUCAUCAGGGCUGUUCAUCACAAGCUCCUACUUCAAAAUUAACGGCAUCCAUCAAUACCUCUAAGGACAAAAUGAAGAGCACUGGUGAAGCAACAGCUAUCAACAUUGGGGAGACCAAGUCUGCUUCUGCUACUACCGUGGCCACCACAAAAGCUAUCCAACAUCCAAAAGCAGGAUUGAAGAGAGGUCUUGCCAUUUUCGACUUCAUUCUCCGGCUCUCUGCCAUUGGGGCUGCUUUGGCUGCCACUACCACUAUGGGCACUACUGACCAGACUCUCCCUUUCUUUACUCAGUUCUUCCAGUUCCAAGCUAGCUACGAUGAUCUUCCCGCUUUCUCGUUUUUCGUGAUUGCAAAUGCUAUAGCUAGUGGAUACCUCUUCCUGUCCUUGCCCUUUUCCAUAGUCUGCAUCGUUCGGCCGCAUGCCAUGGGAGCAAGGCUCCUCCUAGUCAUCUGUGACACUGUCAUGGUUGCUCUCACCAUAGCUGCUGCUGCCGCUGCUGCUGCCAUAGUCUACUUAGCUCAUAACGGGAAUUCAAACGCCAACUGGGUGGCCAUUUGUCAGCAAUUCGAUGACUUCUGCCAGAGUGUCAGUGGGGCCGUUGUGGCUUCCUUCAUUGCAGCAGUCCUCUUCAUGUUGAUGAUUGUCCUCUCAGCUUUCUCUCUGCGAAAGCAUUGAGAUUAUUUGACAAUGGACUAUUUUCUCAGAGCUGAAUCUGAUAUAUUACCAACCUAUAUAUAGUCUUUUAAUUUACACGUAAACUUCUCAUUAAACUUGUGAGUUUGGGUUGGGGCAUGGUGGUGAAUUGCAGUGUUGAAGCCAAUGUUAUGUUUAAGUUGGUUUGAUGUAUUUGGUGAAUGUAAUGAAAUUAAGUGGUUUAUCUGUUUCCCA